AUGAAGGACAACGGCAAGACGAAGACGGCGUGGCCGCAGAUACACCAAGUUACAGACAACCUCUUCAUCAGCGACAUCUACGCGGCACAGAGCGCAAAGAAGCUCGACGAGUACGACAUUACACAUAUCAUCUCCCUGCUCUCCUACUCGAGCAUCCUGGUCCCGCCGCAUGUCAAGCAUCUCAAGCUCGACGUCCUUGACUACGACGACGAAAACAUCCUACAGGAAUUCGAGAGCUCGCGGCAGUGGAUCGACGAAGCCAUCAAGGGAGGUGGCCGCGUCCUGAUUCACUGCCAAGCAGGCAUCUCCCGCUCCUCCACCAUUCUGUGCGCGUACAUCAUGGCCUCCCAGAACAUACCGCGGGAUGAAGCCUUUGAGAUGAUCAAGCGCGUUCGCUCGCACGUCAAGCCCAAUCCUGGCUUCUGGGAGCAACUGCUUGUUUGGGAACAGUACGUGGAAGAAGGCCUUUUACAAAAUCGGCGGCAAGGCUGA